CAUAUGUCAUAUGUGCAUAUAUAACAUAAAUAUAAUAUUUGUAUAUCCGAGACUAAAUUGUUACCUUAAAAUUAUGCUACUGUAAAGAUUUUGAUUCUAAAACAUGUUCGAAAUAAUAGAAAUGCGAAUACUGGCUUGUUUGUGUACGAUGUUUUAAAAUUAAGGAUGUGGAUUCAUUGAAUCUGCAACUAUUCACCAACGUGAAUUCUCACCGUAGCAUCUAAUUUCAUUUGAACUUUGCAAAAAGGGACUUGUGCUUUUAUUCUUGGACAUGGCGACAAUGACUAUGAUUUUUAUUAAAACCAACUCUAUUUAAUAAAAACGAACAAUAUUAAUGUAAACUGUGACGAAAAAAAUUAAAAUACAAAAUGAUUAUGUCACAGUUUUAUUGGAAAGAAAUGCAAGAUUGAUUAAAACUCUCCGAAACGGAAAUAUUUAAAUGCGCUGGACAUCGCCAACGGUUCUAUGAUAAUGGAGUUUUUUUCUCAUGCGAUAUCAAUGAAUCGCUUUACGAAAGUAUUUGGUAAUAAAAAAUGCAAUAUAAUUGCGAUGGUACACGUUGAUGCUUUGCCAGGUACACCCGGUUACAAAGGAAAUUGGUCCCAAAUUGUGAAGAAAGCUAAAAUCGAAGCCAGUAUUUACGUUAAACAUAAAGUGGAUGCCAUUUUAAUAGAAAAUAUGCAUGAUGUACCUUAUAUACCAAAUCGUCUUUUAGGCCCAGAAACCGUUGCUUGUCUAUCGAGAAUAUCAAACGAAAUUCGUCAAAUAGUUCCAUCUGCUCUACCUUGUGGACUUCAAAUACUGGCUUGCGGCAACAAACAAGCAUUAGCCGUCGCAAAAGCAUGUGAUUUACAAUUCAUUCGCGCAGAAGGCUUUGUAUUUGCACAUGUGGCAGAUGAAGGUUAUACAGAUGCUUGCGCUGGGGAGAUACUGCGCUAUCGAAAGAAUAUUGAUGCUGAACAUGUUCUGAUAUUCACGGAUUUAAAAAAGAAACACAGUUCCCAUGCCAUCACACAUGAUGUUACAUUAUUAGAAACCGCGAAAGCAGCAGAAUUUUUUUUAACGGAUGGUGUCGUGAUAACAGGUAGGUCAACAGGUUGUGCGGCUAAUAUGGAAGAUUUGGAUGAGGUAGCGGGUAAAAUUAGCACUCCCUUGAUAAUAGGCUCUGGGGUGACAAAUACAAAUCUAAAGCAAUACUAUGAAAGGGCUCAGGGAGUCAUUGUUGGUUCCUCUUUUAAGGUCAAUGGCUUCUGGGCGAAUAAUCUAUGUGAAAAAUCAAUUAAUAAAUUUAUGGAGGAAAUAGAAAAAUUAAGAAAAUAAUUGAGAUCAUGAAUUAAAUACCUCUGUUUAGUGAGAGUGUUGUUGACAUGGCACAAUCAAAUGUUUUGUAUUUGUAGAAUAAUUUUGUAAUUUAUUCUUAAAAUUUAAAAAAAAAAACAAAAAUUAACUAAAAAGAUAUAAAUAUCCUAUUUACCAUGUGCAAUACAUUCUA